CUCUCUCUCUCUCUCUCUCUCUCUCUCUCUCUCUCUCUCUCUCUCCCCCCCUCCCUCUCUCUCUUUCCUAUUAGGCAUCCAUCCCAUGCCUCCUCUGCACCCCUCUCUCCCCUAACACACACACACACACACACACCCCAGCUCCCCCCUGCUCAGGAUCGGGCAGCCUGCAGUGAGUGAUGGAGUCGUGCUGCACAGUCGCACGUUGAGACAUCAGCAGAUCUACAGAGCAGAUCUACAGAGCAGAUCUACAGAGCAGAUCUACAGAGCAGAUCUACAGAGCAGAUCUACAGAGCAGAUCUAUAGAGCAACCGGCGGAACGGAGGAGAGGACGUUCUGAAGUCCGACCCAAACUCCCUGGCUCCGGCCCAGACGGGAGCCUCAGAGUCAGAGACCCGGGAGUACAGACCCCAGAUCAGCCGCCCGUUCUCCUCACGCCCGCGGCUGCAAAGAGCAGAGGACACCCUGAGAAGGAGAGAGAGAGGGAGAGAGAUAGAGAGGAGAGCGGACUGGCAUGAUAAGAUGAGCUCCGUACCGCACAGGUCCUCGGCGCUGCCACGCCUCCUCCCGCACCUCCUGCUGCUCCUCCUGCUGCUGGGGGAGGAGAGGGUCCGGGCGGUCUGCCCCUCCGUGUGCUCCUGCAACCCGGACCACCGGGAGGUGGACUGCUCGGGGAAGGGCCUGAGACGCCUGCCCCACGGCCUUCAGCCCAACCUGCACUCCCUCAACCUGUCCCACAACCGGCUGCACCACCUGGACGGCCAGCUGGGCGGCUACGCCCACCUGCGGGCGCUGGACCUGUCCCACAACCGGCUGGCCCAGCUCCCGGCGGACCUGCCGCGCUCCCUGUGGCAGCUCCGCGCCUCCUCCAACCGCCUGCGCCUCCUGGACAAGAACGACACGGCGUACCAGUGGAACCUGCGGCUGCUGGACCUGUCGGACAACCGUCUGGAGCGCGCCGUGUUCAUCAACAACACGCUGCCGGCGCUGCGGCUGCUCAACCUCAGCCGGAACCACUUCUGGACCGUGCCCACCAACAUGCCGUCGCCCCUGGAGACGGUGGACCUGUCGCACAACUCCCUGGUGCAGGUGCUCCCCGGGUCGCUGGACCGCCUGCCGCGGCUCAGCCGGCUGUAUCUCCACGGCAACCGCUUCGCGGCGCUGCCGGACGGCGCGCUUGACCGGCUGGCGGCGCUGCGGCUGCUGACGCUGGGGGAGAACCCCUGGGCGUGCCACCUGCCCGUCAACAUGUCCUACCUGCUGCUGUGGAUGCAGUACACCCCCGCCCGAGUCCUGGGCUGCCCCUGCUCCGGGCGCUUCGUCUGCGGCCGGCCCCCGCCCGAGGGGGCCGACGGGGCCAACAACAACGGCGCGGCGGGGGGAGGGGGGGUGUGGAACCACGGCACCCACGACCUCCCGUCGCUGGCCGCCAACGCCCAGGACCUGGGCUUCAUGGGCCCGGGGUCCGACCCCACGGGGACCUGGUGGCACCGGACGGAGCCGGCGCCCGGCGGCGGGGGGCGGAGGGAGCGCUGGGACGAGGCGGAGGAGCGGCGGCGCCAGGAGGCGGACCUCCACCUGACGUCCGGGGAGAGCGCCGGACCCUCGGCCACGCAGCACCGCCACACGCUGUUCACCGGCCGCGGCCCCCCCCCCGACGACGACACCGACCCCGCGCUGACCUGGAAGUGGAACACGGCCCAGUCCUCGGGGGUCACCCCCCCGCCCGGGCUGGGGGGGGACCCCCGCGCCACGCUGCCCGACGGGACCCUGCUGGCCGCGGGCGGCGUCGCCGUGGGAACCAAGAAGACCACCACGGUGCGGACCCGCAGCGUGCGGCGGCCCAACCAGUCGGUGCCCUCCUCCUCCGGCGCCCCCUCCGCCCCGGGGAGGCCCGGCUGGCUGUGGCCGGCCCCCCACGGCCUGGGGCUGCUGGUCCUGCAGCUGCUGCGGGUUCUCUGAGGCCCCGAGCUCCGGCGGGACCUCACACCAGUGGUUCCCCACCCCGGACCCGACCGGACCCAACAUGGCGGCACACGGACUCCCUGGAGACGACUCUCGAGCUUUGGACGUUUGACGGUGCGUUCCUGAAGGUGUGAAGGUGUGAAGGUGUGGUGGGGCUCCUGAAGGUACCAGCGGUCUGGCCUGGUGAUUGGUGGAGCAGGCUGCGCCCUCAGUGCCUUCGCUGGGACUCGAUGUGACAAGCAGACGCGGUGGAUGAGGUGAGAGCAGAACGAUGUGGGAGGUUGAAGCAGACGCACGACGAUGGAGGAAGUUCAGAACGGGUUCACGUGCACCAACUGGGUUGGGAACCACUGGUGGGUCUGAACAGGAAGCCACUCCGACCACACUUCCCUCUCCAAACCGCUCACCGUAGACGCUCAAGUUCCCGCUUGCUUCAUGGAUCCCAUUACGAGACGUUUCCUAAAUCCUCCCUCUAGUGACAUCACAAGUAGCCUCCCGAUGUACGUUGGACACGCCCACGUGUGACAUCACUAUAUGAGGUGUCCACCCAAAUUUAGGAUGGACACGCCCACUUUUGACGUCACUAUAUGGAGUAUCCGCCCACAUGUGUGAUGGCACGCCCACUUGUGACGUCACUGUAGAGUAGAUCUAUAAAUGGCUUGCCAUGGCUAAUCUUCAUUACAUCUGAUGAAAUAAAAUAGGGACCCUUUAAAAUACUUCAUGAUAGUACCAGGAAUAGGACAAUGUAUUGAUCGGUUUGUAGGAUGAUUGAAUGUUUAACAAGUCUCUACAUCAGACUUAAAAAAACGCUAACUUCUGUUGCAUUGUAGUUAAAAAAAUAAUCCUGGAAUCGAUCUAAAAGAAAACAUAUUGAAUAUGAAUAGGUCUUAGUCACCAGUCCCAA